AUGGAGCCACAGCCCAGGUGUUCGUCUCCAGAGCUUCUGAGAAUGGCUGCCUUUAACAACUUCGUGGAAGUUGGCGGCAAAGGCGGGCGGGCCCGGCUGGCAGCAACCGCGGCCUCCUCGCGUCUUUCCCCGCACCCCCUUCUGACGGGGGGGGGGAGCAGCACGGGCAAAAGGCCUCUGCUGGGAUGGGUGAAUGGGGCGCUGGCGAAUUGGGAACAGCUGUCUCGCCAGGAGGGGAACCUUCGGAGCUCAAUUCCUUUUUGCUCAUCUCUUCCCUGUCCGGAACUGACAAAGGGCCACAAAAGUCUUCACAAAAUCACAAAACAUUGGCAGGAUUGCUUCACUGGAGAACAGCCAGACAGAGUAACAAGCUCCCUCUCACACUCCCUGUGCUACUUCUACCUGCAACCCUCAGAGCCCAACCAGGGAUUGUCCCAGUUCUUCAUUAGAGGCUACCUGGAUGACCAGCCCAUCACUCGCUUUGACAGCCUCACCAGGAAGAUGGAGCCUCUGGUGCCCUGGAUGGAGGAGGUGGAGAAGGAGAGAUUUCUGGCUCCCGAGAGGGUCUUCAGGGCUGGCCUGGAGAAGUUAUCAAAACUGGACCAGCUUGCUGGAGGGCUUCACACCUGGCAGGCAAUUUUGGCCUGUCAGCUCUGGGAAGGCGGGAGCAAAGGAGGGUUUUUGCACUAUGGCUACGAUGGGAUGGACUUCAUCGGCUUCGACAAGGAGACCCUCGGAUGGAAGACAGCUCAGACCCAGGCCCAGAAGGUCAAAGAGGAGUGGGAGAAAGAUCCAGAGUGGUCAGAGAAAGUGAAAUCCUUCCUGGAGAAGGCCUGCAUUGAGUGGCUGCAGAGAUACCUGUCCUACUAGAAGGAAGCUCUCCAGAGGACAGAGCCCCCAGUGGGGAUGUUGACUCGUAAAGUGGUGGAUGAAAGCUUGGAGGUCCUCACCUGCCAGGCCUUUGGCUUCUACUCCAAGGAGAUCCAGGCCACCUGGACCAGAGAUGGAGAGGCCAGCCAGUAUGAG